GACGGCGGCUUGGCGGCUCGCGGAGGAUUGGAAGGGCGUCGUCCAGGUCGGGGGCUUUCUCCUGGCCACCUCCAGCCUCGUCCCGCCUCGAGGCGUCUCCGGGGAAAGCCACGGCCCCGAGGGCGGAUCCGAGAUCAUCUUUAACACAGCUCUCAUUGGACUAAAGUGGAAGCAUAAGAAUUGGAGCACAUUUUCAUUUUUGAGAACCCAGGAGUGAAAACGACGAUGAAUGGUCAUAUUUCUAAUCAUCCCAGUGGUUUUGGAAUGUACCCAGCUCAAAUGAAUGGCUAUGGAUCAUCACCUACCUUUUCCCAAAUGGACAGAGAACACAGUUCAAAAACAAGUGCAAAGGCCCUCUAUGAACAAAGGAAGAAUUAUGCUCGGGACAGUGUCAUCAGUGUGUCCGAUAUAUCCCAAUACCGUGUUGAACACUUGACCACCUUUGUUCUGGAUCGGAAAGAUGCUAUGAUAACUGUUGAUGAUGGAAUAAGGAAGCUGAAAUUGCUCGAUGCCAAGGGCAAGGUGUGGACACAGGAUAUGAUUCUUCAAGUGGACGACAGAGCUGUGAGCCUCAUCGAUUUAGAAUCAAAGAAUGAACUAGAGAAUUUCCCUUUGAGCACAGUCCAGCACUGCCAAGCUGUGAUGUAUUCCUGUAACUAUGAUUCGGUUCUUGCCCUGGUGUGCAAAGAGCCAACUCAGAGCAAGCCAGACCUUCAUCUUUUCCAGUGUGAUGAGAUUAAGGCAAACCUCAUCAGUGAAGACAUUGAGAGUGCCAUCAGUGACAGUAAAGGAGGGAAACAGAAGAGGCGGCCCGAAGCCCUGAGGAUGAUUUCCAAAGCAGACCCUGGUAUACCACCUCCACCAAGAGCUCCUGCCCCAGUGCCCCCUGGGACUGUUACCCAGGUGGAUGUUAGAAGUCGGGUGGCAGCCUGGUCUGCAUGGGCCGCCGACCAAGGGGACUUUGAGAAACCAAGGCAGUAUCAGGAGCAGGAAGAACCGCCUGAGAUGACGGCAGCCCGAAUUGACAGAGACGUGCAAAUAUUAAACCACAUUUUGGAUGACAUUGAAUUUUUUAUCACAAAACUCCAAAAAGCAGCUGAAGCAUUUUCUGAGCUUUCUAAAAGGAAGAAAAGUAAGAAAGGUAAAAAGAAAGGACCAGGAGAGGGCGUUUUAACUCUGCGGGCAAAACCUCCCCCUCCUGACGAAUUUGUUGACUGUUUACAAAAGUUCAAACAUGGAUUUAACCUUCUGGCCAAACUGAAGUCUCACAUCCAGAAUCCGAGUGCUGCAGAUUUGGUUCAUUUUUUAUUUACUCCCUUAAAUAUGGUGGUACAGGCAACAGGAGGUCCUGAGCUAGCCAGUUCAGUACUCAGCCCCCUAUUGACUAAGGACACAAUUGAUUUCUUAAAUUAUACUGUCAACAAUGAUGAAAGACAGCUGUGGAUGUCACUGGGGGAAACUUGGAUGAAAGCCAGAACAGAGUGGCCAAAAGAACAGUUUAUCCCACCCUAUGUCCCACGGUUCCGCAAUGGCUGGGAGCCCCCCAUGCUGAACGUCAUGGGAGCACCGAUGGAACAAGAUCUUUAUCAGCUGGCCGAAUCUGUGGCAAAUGUAGCAGAACAUCAGCGCAAACAGGAGACAAAAAGAUUAUCCACAGAGUCCAGUGUAUCAGAGUAUCCUCCAGCGGAUGGGUAUGCAUUCAAUAACAUGUACACAAGAGGGCCCCAUCUGGACCAAGGGGAAGCGGCUGUGGCUUUUAAGCCAACUCCUAAUCGCCACGUAGAUAGAAAUUAUGAUCCACUCAAAGCACAACCCAAGAAAUAUGCCAAAUCCAAGUACGACUUUGUGGCAAGGAACAACAGUGAGCUCUCAGUUCUAAAGGAUGAUAUUUUAGAGAUCCUGGAUGAUAGGAAGCAAUGGUGGAAGGUUCGAAAUGCGAGUGGAGACUCUGGAUUUGUGCCAAAUAACAUUUUGGAUAUUGUGAGACCUGCAGAAUCAGGAUUAGGGCGUGCUGAUCCACCUUAUACACAUACCAUACAGAAACAAAGGAUGGAGUAUGGUCCCAGACCAACGGAUACUCCCUCUGCUCCGUCACCUCCUCCAACACCGGCUCCUGUUCCCGUCCCGCUUCCUCCUUCUACUCCAGCACCUGUUUCUGUGCCAAAGGUCCCGGCCAACGUAACCCGUCAGAACAGCAGCUCCAGCGACAGUGGCGGCAGCAUUGUGCGAGAUAACCAGAGACACAAACAACUUUCCGUGGAUCGAAGGAAAUCUCAGAUGGAGGAAGUGCAGGAUGAGCUCAUCCACAGACUGACCAUCGGUCGCAAUGCCGCCCAGAAGAAGUUCCAUGUGCCACGGCAGAACGUGCCAGUUGUCAAUAUCACGUACGACUCCACACCAGAAGAUGUGAAGAUGUGGUUACAGUCGAAGGGGUUCAGCCCUGUGACUGUCAGUAGUCUUGGAGUAUUAAACGGUGCACAACUUUUCUCUCUCAACAAAGAGGAACUGAGGACAGUCUGCCCUGAAGGGUCCAGAGUCUUUAGCCAAAUCACUGUACAAAAAGCUGCAUUAGAGGAUAACAGCGGCAGCUCCGAGUUGCAAGAAAUCAUGCGAAGACGACAGGAAAAAAUCAGUGCCGCUGCUAGUGAUUCAGGAGUGGAGUCUUUUGAUGAGGGAAGCAGUCACUAAUUUGUUUUUAAACUCCAUUUAAAUUUGUGGCAUUAUUCCAACGUGCUUUGUUUUAAGAAGCCAUGAAGGGAAUGUCAGAUUCUUAUUUCUCGGAAUACUUAAGUUAUCGCCAUAAAGAAACAAUGCAAACAUAAGUAAGCAGAGGACUUGUUUCCUGGCCCAUUAUUUUUAUUAAAACCGACUAAUUUUAAAUAGAUGUUUUGCCCUUGGAAAGUAUGUUGCCUGCUUUACCAAGGUGAGGUUUCUUUUAUUGGAUUAAUUAUUUCAUCCCCAUCUCAGUGUGUAAGCAGGCCUCUUUUGACAGCGGUUAAUUUAUUUACUGCAGCAAAAUAAAGAUAUUGCCCAUGAUUUAAAAUCUAAGUAAUUUCAGUUUUGCCCAUGACUCUGGUGUCUGUCAUUCAGAGUGUAGCUUACUUGAGGCCAGCCUCUGCUUAGGUCUCUUCUUUGAUGUACUCAUUGAUAGACUAUUUAGAUUUAUUUAAAGUUCUUAAUGCCAAGAGUUUUUUAAAAAAAUCAAAACAUUUAAUGAACUGCAAAAUACAACAAGGCCUUGGACAUGCAAAUAUAGAACCCAUGGAGCAUUCCCAAGACAAUUUAUUUGUCAUGGCUCUGUUGAUCACAAUUCCUUGUAUAGCCUGUAUUUUGAUUUAGUUUAUAUUCUCCUUAUUAUCUAUGUUGUGUUCUUAUAUAUGAGAAAGCACAAGUGGAAAAGAGGUCAGAUGCAGUCAAAAAUGUGUCCCAGAAAGUAGCCCGCAUUGGUGUGCAUUACAGUAUUUUGCUUAAUGAAGGCCUCAGUUCUGAAUAUUGAUAUGAGUAGUUAAAUGGAUAAUUGGGGCCACUUUGUGUAUCUGUGUCAAGUUUUUCUGGUAAUAAGAAACACUUAAUUUACGUGUAUUUUAAUCCUGUGAAAGAUUCUAGAUAGAGAAAAGAAAGAUACUUAACCUUCAACAAAUGUUAUUUUUGGAAACACAAUUUUUGUCAUUAAAUGUUAUAUUAUUUCACAUAUAUAAAACAGAUGUUAUGUAAGAAUGUUGUAUAUUUUAACAUAAAUCCAUUUAGAGAGAUUAUCUAGAUUCAUUAAUUUUCAUAGUGCCUUUUUCACAUGAGUCAGCUGGAAAGUCUGCAAUAAACAGUAUUUGCCGUAUGUUAA